CCUGCACACAGUUAGCAAUUACUUUUCGCACGAAAUGGCUGCAACUAUCAAGCUCUAUACCAAUCAUGGCUGCCCUUGGGCUCACCGGGCUCAUAUUGCAUUGAAUGAGCUGAAGUUGCCAUUUGAGGAAGAAAUCAUUGACCUGAGCGUUCCUCGUACACAAGAAUACCUGGCUAUCAAUCCCCGCGGUCUUGUUCCCAGCCUUUCGUACAACGGCCAGAUCAUCACCGAAUCUGGGAUCGUCGCCCAAUUUCUAGCUGAUGCUCACCCAUCGCAUUUAGUCCCCACUGGUGGCACGCCAGAAGCAGCUCUUGCUCGUGCUCGAGUGAAUUUCUUUGUCGAUACAUUUUUCACCAAGGCAAACUCUCAAUACCACAAAGCUCUCUUUGCCAAAACAGACGAAGAGGCUGAAGCCGCCUCCCAGGAGUUUUUGAAGCAGCUUGAGAAGGAAGUUGAACCUCUGUUGAGCGACGCGGCUCCGUAUUUUGGAGGAAGUAAAACAUUGACACUGGCCGAAGUCCUUACUGGCUCCUUUAUCCUGAGACUACUGGCUCUGCCGAAGAACGGCGUUGGACCAGAGAGCUUGAUCAAAGAUUUGCCUACUAGAACUCCCAACUUCUAUAAGUGGGCCAACGCCGUGAUUGAGCAUCCGAGCGUGAACAGUAUCUGGAAUGAGGAAAAUGUGGUAUCCAAGACCAAGACCAUACUUGCGAAACAGAAGGCUUAGAUUCAUUGUCGCGAAAAUUAGUGUCUCGUUAUUAGCGAGAUAAUAUAGUCAAAUCACAUUAUGCUAAAUAAGAGCAAUUUUUUACG